AGAAUGCAUCAAUCAGAGGUGUGCACUCUUCUAGUUAUUUCUACCCUCAUUAUAACGCUGCUGGUAUUACCCAGGCCAGCAGCAACCUUACCGGCAGUCGACGUUGAUUCCAGUGUGGACUUCGAUUACUAUUCUAAUGAGUACGAUGAUGUGCGUCCGAACCUGGUCUAUCCCGAUGUGCCGCGUCUAGAUAAGCGCAUUAGUCAUGCCUUUGAAGAAUUGGGCGAGCACAUGAAGCAGGCGUGGACAUCAAUGGUGAACUCAUUUGAUGGCCUCUUCGAAGAGCUGAAGGGCCUAUUUAGCCAAAACCCAGCUGCACAUUAUUAAAUGACCGUUAUAUUUCGACAACUCUGUAUCAUUAUUACACUACUUGUAUGUGCAACAAUUGAUGUUUACGAAA